CAGCCGUUUUGGCUGUAGUUUGCAGCCCACGCCUCUCGCUGGAUGGACACUGGUCGGCCGCUGUCAUAUGACUUUCCAUUUCCUGGCGCUGUCUGUCUGCAGUUCGGCCCGGGGCUUGCUGCUUGUUGACGUCUCUGAAUUAGGACGCUUCAGACUACUCCCGGCCAUCAUGUCCCGCGGUGCACUUUUCCUUUGGUUUUUGGCGCUCGGACUCGAAAUCCAGCCGUCCCUUGGUACUGAGGUGUCAGUCAACAACACAGAUAAGUUAUGCCUUUAUGCCAAUCUGACAGUCAGCUUCUCGGUCACAUAUGAAGCUGCUGGAAAUAAGAAUGAAACGGUUAUGUUUGAACUGCCUGAGAAAGUUGAAACAGAUGGGAGUAUCUGUGAUAACACAAGUUCAACACUGAAGCUUAGUUUUGGAAAAGGACACUCCUGGACCGUGUCAUUCUCAAAGAAUGACAAAACAUACCAAGCAGAUUCUAUCGUCUUUAACUACAGUCUCAAUGAUUCUACCAUCUUUCCUAACGCUACAUCAAAUGAAACCAUGUCUGUGUCUGUGAAGCCUGCGAUUACAAAUGUAGGAGUGGAUACCUGCUACUCUUGUAAGAGUAAAGAGGAAUUCACAGAUGAAGCAGUUAAUCAGACGCUAUCAGAUGUGCUUAUACAGGCAUUUGUGAAUGGCAGUAAAAGUGACAAACUUACCUUGUGCACUGCUGAUUUACCUGUAACCACUGUUGCACCCACCACCCAUGUCAUCACUACUACCACUGUAACAAAUGUCACCACCACUACUACCACUAUACCUACUACCACGAUACCUACCACCACCCCAACCCCUGCUCUUCCCACUCCUGCCACUGGGAAGUACAUCAUCAAGCCAGACGAGAACAGCACAGCCUGCCUGUUGGCCAGCGUUGGCCUGCGGAUUGGCUUCAGGCAAGGAGAGAAAUAUCAGGAGAUUAACCUGGAGCCCAAUGGGACAACAGUCUCCGGGACUUGUGGCACCAACAGUAGUGAACUUGUGUUGCGCUCCAACACAGUUACCUUCAUGUUCACGUUCACUAGUGAUGCAAAGACAAAGAAAUUCCACCUACAUGCUCUGAAUGUCACUGCAAGUCCAAGUUCAGGGGUGGUUUUCACUGAGACAAACAACAACCUGACUCUGUGGGAAGCCACCGUUGGCAGUUCCUACUUGUGUAAUAAGGAACAGAACUACAACAUCACCAGCUUGCUCACUCUCUACACUUAUGAGCUACAAGUACAGCCCUUUGCCAUUAACAAGGGUGUUUUCAGCACAGCUGAGGAAUGCCUGGCUGACGUGGAAAGCUACCUUGUUCCCAUAGCUGUUGGAGUUGCCCUGAUUGUUCUCAUUCUUAUUGUUAUGCUGGCCUAUUUCAUUGGAAGAAAGAGAAACAUGGCUACCGGCUAUGAGUCUUUCUAACUGAUUCUGCCAUACUCCGAUACUCGUGAUACUAAGUGUUGUCAUUCUGUCGAUUAAUCACAGUUCAAUGUGCUGCCUUUACCUAAUUGCGAAAGUCACCUAACGCUCAAAUCUGUCCAUUGUUCACCCUUGUAGUAUUAUUAUUAUUCCAAGUCAUAUUCCUGUGUCAAAUAUUUCUGUCAGCUACUCACUGGCUCGCUCUGCCAGAAUAUAACACUAAUAGGUGAUUAUAUCAUAAAUGCUUGAUUGAAUGGUUGCACACACGUCUCAGAAAUCAACAGCCUUUCGUCACACAUUAUACUGAGUACUUUACUAUUAAUUCUUUCCUUACAGCAUGGCCUGUUAUCCCUUUUUAAAAAUCUAGUUAUAGAUGUGUAGAAUCUGAUCUGACAAUUUGCUGCGUUCCCUCACUAACUCUUUGUGGACUUUGAAUCUCAUUGCCCCCCCCCCCCACACACACACAUACACACACACUGUCUCACUUGCUAACCUGCUCUCUCUCUCUUUCUCUCGUUCUCUUUCUCACCCCCCCCCUUUAUUUUUUUCUGUCAGCCGAGGAAUGCUUCCUGGACUCUGAUUUGAGCUUUUUGGUGCCCAUUGCAGUGGGUGUGGCGCUCAGCUUCCUAAUCAUCCUUGUGCUUAUCUCUUACCUGAUUGGCCGGAGGAAGAGUCGCACUGGCUACCAGUCUGUAUAAUCCCACUCAGCUGCUUCUGCCUCCCACCUUCGCAUCCCUCACAAUGCUUCCAAAAUCUGCUUCCUGUAACCCACUCCCACUCCAAUCCUCUCUAUCCAGCAGCUGCCUGCCCUCUAUGUAUCAAGGGCAUCCCGAAUUUCUGCUUUUUUUAUUUUUUAUUUUUUGCCACAAGGCAAUUGCUACCCUGAGGAUUUUUGUUGCUGCCUCCGUUUUGACACCAAUGACUGAAUCAAGUACCAAAACGAGUAUUGAUUGAUAUUAGUUUCUUUUCUAGAUUGCAUGUUAUAGAUUAAUUGCCUCAGUAGCCAUCCAUUUUCUCCCUAACCAGGUUACCAAGAGGUUGUUUAUUUUUCCUGUUUCUCAGUUAAUGUGCUGUACAAUAUCUGUGUAAAUUACUAUAUUGUAUAGAAUGAAUGAUGUAACUUUUUGAUGAUGUGAUUUCAUAAAGGUAAUGCCAUGAAUGUACAAGCAAGCUAAUAGAAAUUCAGAACCCCCUAUUAUCAUUAUUACCCAUUGUUCAUAGCACUAAAGCCAUUGUUUCCUAAUUCACCAUUAUUCCCGUUAUUAAUUUGCACAUUAAGUGUUUAUGUCUGAGUAAAGUACUUUUUGCACAUAUAUCCAUUUAUUUGUAGCUCACAAAUAAAAGGGACACUAACUUAACAAGACACCCACCAAUACUUGGAGCAGCUGUGUGUAAAUGUGAUUUUUAGGUGAUUGUUUCUUUCACUAAUGCGAAGUCCCCUCUCAGGGAAAGGAGGAUGGAGGUGUUUUCUUGGUCCUAGUUCCUUUAUCAUUCUGUUAUGUGAAUUUUUCUCAACCAACUUAAGCAAAUAUUUGAAAUUCAUUAUGUUAUGCUCUUCCAUAUUUAAUUCCCAUCAUAGCCUUUCAAUUGUAUAAAUUAUGCACACACUGGCCAAAAGGAAGUUAAUUGGGCUAUGGUAAAUGGGUAGUGGAUUUGGCCUUGCAUAGAUUUACAUUGGAUACACUUAUCACUGCUGGCCUGAUGUGCGCUGUAGGAAUCCAUCUGUUAUUACUGAUUCAAUGAUUAAACCCCGGUAAGUUCUCGUCACACUUUACGAUUACGUCAAUUGCAUGUGCUUUUAAUGCUAUUUCUUGUCCGUCAUAGGCCACAAUCAUGAUCUCGUUUUUUUUUUUAAGCCAUGCUCUUAGUCCAGUUUGAUUAUCAGUUCUGCACCACCACAUCACCACCUCCCCCUGACAAUUGUGUGCCUUUUCGUUGCACUAAUAUCCUGCUUGCCUGAAGCUUGUGUCCAUCUGAAGAAGAAUGUCAUGUGAUAAGAUCGUUGAUCUGAAGUGGGGAACAAAUUAAAUAAAGUUGCAUUCUUGUUUUGUA